CGACGCAGUUACCCAGUGGGUUGACAAUAGCUUCUCAACAGCCCCUACUGGCCUCCUGGUGGUUUGACAAUAAUGUCCACUUCACCUCCUGAAGAUUACUGCUGAUACAAUGCUGCUGAGUAUGGUAUCUCCACUGUUCUGAGAGUACACAUCCCUGGAGGAUGUCUGUACUGACUGACUGGAUGCUCGAUGUGGUUUUCCCCAGCUUCACCUCCUGCCUCCUUUUAUUGACAGUUGUGGGCAGGCACAGUGAGCUGGAUGAAUUUGGAGUGAUAGAUGUCCAGGAUGAUGAUGAUGAACACUGAGUUUUAAAAACUAAAAUCAUCUUCAGUUUGCACCUUUAUAAACAGUAUGAACCUGAUCGCUGGUCUAAAUGAUGGGUCUAUCCCGUGUUUAUGCAACACAUCAGCAGUCUCUCAAAGGCAGUUCUGUUUAGCAUUGACAAUGUCCUUGCCAACAUGUGUUGCAUGGUAAAAUAAAAAUCAUUACGUAAAUUUUUUCCAUAAUUGUUUGUAGCUUCAGUAGUUAACUACAAAAAUGGCAAAAAAGUUACUUAACUUCUUGAAUCACUAUGCAAACAUGAAUGUAGUUGAACUACCAGUGAGCUACUGCCAAAUGCACAUGGAUUUGACUACUGUCCAACACGGUACUGCACAGACACACAGACUGGAUGGAGGACAUACUGACCCUGUUUUUAAAAAGUUCACUAAAGCAUACUUUUUAAAGUAUACUUAGUAUGCUUCCAUCUAUUUAUGAUUAUUGUGAUUAAAGUGUGUUAUUUUUGACAUACUUACAAAGUUGGUGCCUGCUAUACACCAGUAAGUGGCGCUGCUGUAACUUUGAGUAGAGGACAGUCUGUGUGUGUGUGUUUGUGUGUGUCUGGGGGGAGGGGUGGGGGCAGCCAGUCUGACGCCAGCCGACUUAGAGGAAAGUGAGCCCCUUUUACUUUGAUACACUCUGUCUGCUCUGUCCUCUAACGGCAGGCUUCGUGACCACUGCAGCCGGCAGAGACGGAGAGAGAGGAGCAGACCUGGAGCUCUAAAAGUGUCUACUGAGAAUAUGGACUAAUGAACUAUCAUUAAUGUAUGGAUAAGGAGGAACUUAGUGUAGCCACUCAGUCCAGUGGAGCCAGCUCACUGAGCACCAGAUGUCCCAUUGUACAUUUUGAUGUGGAACCGUGACAUCGGAGCUUUCUUCAAGACAGGCCCCUGAGCUUCACUGAGGGAUGGACCAUUACCAGGGCAGCAAGUAUGGGACACUAUGAUCAAGGAAUAAUACAGUUUCAAUCAAACCUUGGCACCUUGAGACAUUUUCAUAGAGGUUUGAUGGAGUUUAUUAGCUCACCAGUUUUAACUGAAGUUUUUCUCUUUGAAAUAUAUUACCAUCUGUGACUGUUCCCAACAAUGAAGUUAUUUUUGGUUUACCUCUGUAACUAAUUCAAUAAGUUGUCCCCUGUGGUCACAGAGCAGUUUCACAGCUGUUCCAUAUCACAUGACUGCUCAAUGUGACAGCAUUUGGAGCUGUGAUUUUGUGUGUGAAGAACUGCUGUCCUUUUCAUGUGCUGUUCCCAUUAUUUUGUUCAGCAGCUGGAGCCCCACUGCAGCCUGUUUGUGCUCAGUGUGUGUAUCAGUGUGGGUUACUCACAGUGCUGCUAUGCAGACUGACUGGAGCCAAGCUCAGUCAGCUCCACUGUAGGAUUCUGAGGCAUAAACCUCGACUGCUCGCACAGACUGAAUUCUUCACAGCUAAGGAAAAUCUUUCUCCAAGUCUUGAUCCAGUGAGACAACUUGUGUGGAAUAGCAGAUGUUACACAACCUUUGGUGCUAAUGUGGAUUAUUCUGCAUGCUGCGAUGCAGAAAGAGUGGAGUCCCAGAAAACCAGUUAAGUUAAUGUAACACACGGCUGUGCAGCUUCCAUCAGUGCAGUUGAACAGCUUGUGUUACACAGUUGGCAGCUGAAGGUUUAUCACGAAGGUAGGGUUUUUGCAGGGUUUGAUAUGUGUCUUACUGAACAGUACACAUGCUGGUUUUGAAAAGUUUUACAUAGACUUCCUUUUGUCUUCUUUUUUUUGGUAAUGCUUCCAGUUAAUGAAUUUCAAUCUUAUGUAGUGAAUGAAACAUUUUGUUGGACAGUUUUGAAGACUCCGUUGAUACUGAUAGUUCAGUUUUCCUUCCUCUUUGCAUAGCUGAAAUUAGUUUUGGUGUUACAGUAUAUUUCACUACAGCUUGUUACUGUAGUUACACUCACUGUUGGAAAAUGAAGAAUCCUCAUCCACAGAGUAAAAUGUGGAAUAGAUCCAUUAAUAAAAACCCAGUAUUGAUUUCUGAGCCAGACAAUAACAAGAAGUUCAAGAGAAAGUCCUGCGAGCCUAAAAGGAUUUUCAGUGGGCCUCAGCCUCAGAGGAUGGAGCCCUAUCCAGUGGAUUUUUUGGUGUCUGUAGAUGACACCCAGAUGGAGGCAGGUAAUGUCAGCAGGUUGACUCCACCGCAAGGACAGCCGAUGAUGUCACAGGAGGUGAUGGCCAGUACUGCUGGGAUUCUGCCAGGACUUCCAGAAAGCAGCAUGGCUGAAGCUCAGAGUGGUGCUAUAGACAUGAGAAUUGGCAUUAACAUGCCUGCGAUCACUUCCACUCUGCCUCAGUCACCUGUCUCUCCAUUUGCUAGUUCAGAGAUCUCCCACUGGCCCACGGCCAUCUCACAGCCUUUGUCAAACAGACUCAAACUGGGCUUCCGCUCCACUUUCCCUUUGUCAGCCUCAAACAGCAGCAGCCACAGCCACUCACCUAACCACCAGGCCUUCUCCCUGGCACCCUCUCUGUCAGGGCAAGCUGCAUCUCUGCCUGCCUCCAGAGCCUCCCAGACCUCCCAGUGUCACGAACAUGUGGAGCCUGAGGUCCAGUCACCUAAGGCAUCUCACAGGAAGCGGGUUGGGAUGGGUGCUGAUGUUCCUGGGCGUCUUCCAGAGGUCAAAGCCAUCCAGCAGACCAGGAGACUUCUAGCCAAUGCCAGGGAGAGGACACGUGUUCACACCAUCAGUGCUGCGUUUGAGGCACUGAGGAAACAGGUGCCAUGUUACUCAUAUGGGCAGAAGCUAUCAAAGUUGGCCAUACUACGUAUAGCCUGCAACUACAUCCUAUCUUUGGCUCAGUUGGCUGAGAUGGACUACAGUUCAGAUCACAGCAGUCUGAGCUUCUCUCAGUGUGUGGAACAGUGUACCAGGACCCUGCAGGCCGAGGGCAGGAGCAAGAAGCGGAAGGUGGGAAGAAUGCCCGAGGAUCUGUGAUGUUCUCAGACUACUGUUACCAGAAUCCUGUCUUCUUAUUGAUGCAAGCUGAAUCACACAUGAUCAUACAACCAGCCUCAGGCUUAACUCAUCUGUUGCAUUGGCUUGAAUAAAUGUUUCCUUUUCCAUGGAAAACAAUAAUGUUCACUACAGUAACAAGUGAUAUAGAAAAAGAUCUACAUUGUGUAAACAGCUAAAUACAGGUUAAUAGAAACUGGCUAACUUUAUUCCACAUGGUUUGAUGUUUUGGAAAUUAGUGAUGAUGACUAAUUGUAGUCAUUGUAUUAAAACAAACUGAUGAUAUUCAGUUCUGGCAUUUGGACCUAUCUCACAUGAUAUAGUAUUUUCCAAAUAAAUAAAUAAGUUGGAGUUGACAGUCAUAAAACUAAACUUUAUACGCUCUUCUCUCUGGCCUCACUGAGUGUUUUGUUGUUAAGCUUUUGAUUUUAAUACUGUAUUGUAUUACUUUAAAAAAUUAGCCUUGGUUCUUGAUGCUAAUUCAAAGCGACAGUGAUCCCACUGUGGGAUGAAUAAAGUUCUACCAACCCUACCCAGUAAACCUUUAAACUCUUAAGGUAUUUUCAUACUGAAAAUAUUCAUACUAAUUUAGCCAUUUUUCUGUUUUUUUUCAAUUCUGUGUUUAUUAAGGGUGUAAAGGUACACGUAUUCAUACCGAACCGUUUUGGUACAGAACAUUCGGUAUGGUGCAGAUAUGUACCAAAUACAAUCUUUAAUAGAAGUUAACAGUGGGCCUAUUUUGCAUAUGGAUCAGUUUUUAAAAUCUGUGUUCCCACAUAAAUAAAUACACACAGCACACUCUACCCUUGUCUUCUGUUUGGGGUCAAUAUGACCUCUGAGCCACUUGAACUGUUUAAAAAACAUUUUCCAUUAUUCUAUUACUAUGAUACCUUGUGACUUUUCUUAAUUUUAUGAAAUCUUUUUUUUUAAAAAUGACUGACAUGACUGAUGCUUUACAGUAUAUGUCUGUAAUCAACACUGUUGAUGUUUGAGGUCAAAACGGCUGCAAUGAUAAUCUCCAUUAAGUACUAUGGAUUUGAUGGAUGUUCUACAUCUCUGGUUGAUGUAAAAGCUAAUAAUGAUCAAAACAUAAAUGUACACACACUCAGAUGGGUCUGUAGAACCGCCCUUCCACCAACCCCUUCCCUCCCAGCAUACACACACAAACUCUUGACAUAUUUUAACAGUGACGUGCGGU